AUGGCCUCAUUCUUUCGGGUCCUGGUGCCAUUGGGAUUGCUUGUUGGGUAUAGCUUCGGUCAUCCUCAAGAUAUUGUUCGCCGGGCCAACGUCGCCGUGUCUAACACCGGCAGCUCACUGACUUAUGUCUUUCAAAACAACCUCAAUGCCUCAGACGAUGUGAACCAUGUCGGUGCUAUCUUGCUUGACCCGAUGUCAGCAUCCGCUGGGUCGGCUGCUUGUGAAGAGUUGAGCGAGACACUGUUGACCCAGACGACCAUCCAGAACUACAGCAGUGAUUUCUCCUCCGCCUUAUCAUACCUGGCAUACUCUGGAAGGGUGUCUCCAAAUCAGGCGUAUCACAUCGCCGGUGGCAGCUUGCAGGUCUCGGAUCAAGCACAGCUCUCUUUUCCCACAGUGCCACAGGGCGACUCAGCUUUGCCUGUACUUUGCACCCAGUCAAGCAAUGCAAGUCAGCCUCCAAACUCGACAGCAAGCUCUUCCAACCAGGUCGUCGUCACGGCAGCAGGGAAUACCUAUAUCGGCUACCGAAACCAGAAAUCGUUUCGUUUCCUGGGCAUCAGAUAUGCAGAUCCUCCGCAGCGAUGGGUAUACUCUCAUUCAUACAGUGGAACUGGCAAUACGGUGAAUGCAACCGCAUAUGGACCCCAGUGUUCACAGGCAUCCGUGAAUGGUACAAGUGAAGACUGCUUGUUUCUCAACAUCCAGACGCCAUACAUUCCCAAAGCCGGAUCAUCCAAGAGCCUGCGACCCGUCUUGUUUUGGAUCCACGGCGGAGGCUUCACCGGUGGCACAGGCGCUGAUCCGCUGAGCGACGGGGGUAAUCUGGCUUCUCGCGAGGACAUUGUUGUCGUGACCAUCAACUAUCGGCUGUCCACGCUGGGCUUUCUGGCAAUUCCCGGCACCAACAUCACCGGAAACUUUGGUAUUGGCGACCAGAUCGUCGCCUUGAACUGGACCGUACAGAACAUUGCCAAGUUCGGCGGCGAUCCCACCAAAAUCACCAUCAUGGGCGAAUCCGCCGGAGCUGGCUCCGUCCGAACCCUCCUCGGUAGUCCCCCAGCCAUCGGACUGUUCCAGGGCGCAAUAGCCAUGUCUAACCUAGGUGGCGGUGUGACUCUUGGUCUCGACAGCAACUACGGCACGACCUACUCGUCAUACUACACCGUUAACGAAUCAUACACGGUCGCUGGGCCUCAGAUCUUCAACGCGUCAAACUGUACCCAACAAUCGCUGAGUGGCAAGAUCGCGUGCCUGAAAGAGGUCAAUGCCACGGAUCUGGUGAGCCUGGAGACGGUUGCUCGAUAUGUCGUCCAAGACGGCACCAUUGUCAACUCGUCGCAACUCAACGUGGUCCAGAAGAAUGCGGGCAGUGCCUACGUGCCGAUCAUAUUUGGUGUCGCAGCGAAUGAUGGCGCCUCCUUUUCCACCAUCUCCCCGACUCCCGUGCACAACGAGACCGAAGGGCUGAUGACCGGUCUGGGCAUCAAUGCGUCGUACGCGCAGGCCAUCAUCUGGUCCGGCCUGUUCCCCUACUACGACACGGGCAACAUGACGUUCGACUCCUUCAACGUGACGCAACGGGUCGCCACGGACAGCACCUUCCGCUGCAUCGACCAGGCCACGGUCUACGCCGGCGCCGAGACCGGCACGUUCCCAGCGGCAUAUUACUACCAGUUCGAACGGACCAUCAACGGCUACAACCCGGAAAACGUCCCUGGCGCACCAAUCACGCCAGGCUACCCGCACGGGAACCCCAACCUGCCUUACUUCAAGCUGCACGGCGCGGACAUGGACUGGGCGUUUGGCAACUUCUACGUGCCCCUCCGGGACGCAAACGAUCUGUACUCGGUGCAGCUUGUGAGUGGGUACUUUGCGGAAUUUGUGAGGAGCGGCCAGCCGAAUCCGCCGGUCCCGUACCUCCAGGCCCGGGGGUACACAAGAACCUUGCAGGGCGUCCAGCAGUCCGGGCCAUGGGAGAAGGUGUCGAAUGCCACCGGGCCGAUUAAACAUUUGGACUACCCCGCGGUGAGCGGGGGCUUUGUCGAUUUGCCCCAGUGUGCGUGGCUCAACUAUAGCGUCAAUUACUAUCUCGACCAGUAG